AUGGACCGCAGCUCACUCCCCCUGGUCGUUGCCUUCCUGCUGGCCAUCAGCUCCACAAGUCUUGCGGAAACAGUCCAUUGUGACCUACAGCCUGUGGACCCUGAGAGGGGCGAGGUGACAUACACCACGAGCCAGGUCUCAAAAGGCUGCGUGGCUCAGAUCCCCAACACUACCCUUGAAGUUCGAGUCCUCUUCCUGGAGUUUCCACGGGCGCUGUCAGAGCUGGAGCUGACUUUUGAAGCAUCCGAGCAAAAUCACAUCCAGCCCCGAGAGGUGCUCUUGGUCCUCUACGUAAACAAGAAUGUCUUUCUGCGUCUCCAGGCCCCGGGAAUCCCCCUCCAACUGGCCUGCAACCCCAGCCUGGUCACCUUCCAAGGGUCCCCGGGAAUCAACACUACACAGCUGCCAUCCUUCACCAUCAAGCACCAGCUCCUGGAGUGGGCAGCCACAAAGGGCUCUAUCGCCUCUGUCGCUGAGCUGAACGACCCCCGCUACAUCCUCCUCCGUCUGAGCCAAGAUCAGGAAACAGAAGUUCGGGGAUUUGCCCAGGGUCCAAAGUCCCUAGCUGGGAGUUUGAACCUAGACUCGAAGCUACAGCCCUUCUGCCUACCGGAGGAACGCCUGGACAUGGGCCGCACGCUCGAGUGGCAGCCACGUACCUUGGUCCGGGGCUGCCGCUUGGAAGGCGUUGCGGGCCACAAGGAAGCGCACAUCUUGAGGGUCUUGCCAGGCCCCGCGGUCAAGCCACAGACAGUGACGGUGAAGGUGGAGCUGAGCUGCACGUUGGGGGACCCUGAUGCCAUCCUCAUCCUGCAGGGCCCACCCGAAGUAUCCUGGCUUAUUGAUGCCACCCACAACAUGCAGAUCUGGACCACUGGUAAAUACUCCUUCAAGAUCUUUCCUGAGAAGAACAUCCCUGGCUUCGUGCUCCCAGAUACUCCUCAAGGCCUGCUGGGAGAGGCCCGGAAGCUCAAUGCCAGCGUUGUGGCAUCGUUUGUGGAGCUCCCUCUGGCCAGUGCUGUCUCACUUCGGGCCCCCAGCUGUGGCGGUGGGCCACAAACCUCCCCAGCUCCAGUCCAGACCACCCUUCCCAAGGACAGCUGCAACCAGGAGCUGCUCAUGGCCCUGAUCCAACCCACAUGCUCCAAUGAUGUCAUGACUCUGGUACUCAACAAAGAGCUGGCCUCGGCUGUGCACUGCACCGUCACGGGACUGACCUUCCGGGACACCAGCUGUCAGGCUGAAGACAGUGAUGCCAAGUUUGUUCUGCGCAGUGCCUACUCAAAGUGUGGCACAAAAGUGACAGAAAAUGUGAUCAGCAAUGAGGUGGUCAUCCACUUCCUGUCGAGCUCAUCACCACAGCAGAAAGAAGUGCACUGCAUCAAGAUGGAAAGCCUCUCCUUCCAGCUGGGCCUCUACCUCAGCCCGAGCUUCCUCCAGGCCUCCAACACCAUUGAGCUGGGGCAGCUGGUCUUUGUGCAGCUGAGCGUGUCCCAGUCCAUCUCUGAGCUUGUGUUCCAGCUAGACAGCUGCCACCUGGACUUAGGUCCUGAGGCAGACACUGUGGAACUCAUCCAGAACCAGGCAGCCAAGGGCAGCUGUGUCAGCCUGCUGCCCCCAAGCCCUGAUGGUGACCUGCGCUUCAGCUUUCUCCUCCGUGGCUACAUGGUGCCCACACCCAAGGCUGGCACCCUCAGCUGCACCGUAGGCCUGCAUCCCAGGACUCGGUCCCAGGAAGUCCAGAGAGUUGUGUCCGUGCACUUAAACAUCAUCAGCCCUGGCCUGACUGACAAAGGGCUCGUCCUGCCUGCUGUGCUGGGCAUCACCUUCGGCGCCUUCCUCAUCGGGGCUCUGCUCACCGCCGCGCUCUGGUACAUCUACUCCCAUACCCAUCCCCCUGGCAAGCGGGAGCCUGUGGUGGCCGUGGCUGCUCCGGCCUCCUCGGAGAGCAGCAGCACCAACCCCAGCAUUGGGAGCACCCAGAGCACACCCUGCUCCACCAGCAGCAUGGCUUAA